AUAUUUUGCUGGUUCUAAUAUUAUAAUCGACAACCUCGCUCGUCAAGAAUUGUGCCCCUAUGUUGCGCUUGGCCAUUUGGGAGAUGUCUGCAACCAUGAGAUUGAAUCUGAUUGCUUGAAUAUUGUUCAAGCUGUGAACAAUCCAUCUAACUGAAGUAUUGUUAAUUUAUGACGCUCUUCGAUGUUUUGUUCCUUAGUUCGAGUUGAAGGUAAUAGUCAAAGAUGCUCUCUCUCCUUUUGAUUUUAUUUUGGGCUUUAUUGAUGACCUUGUAAUUCGCGAGUGGAGUUCGUGUUCGGGCCAAAACCAUCAUGCUGAGAGUCAUUCUGCGAACGGCAAAGCUCAAAGAUUCCAAUUUUCACCCCCACUCUCCGUCACGUUGCCAUUACAGUCGACGCUUCUUCUCCACCGACUCGCCGCAGGCGUCCUCCGAGUUGCCUCGAGUUGAAUCACUUGUCAGCGGCUGUGAUUAUCAACACUGGCUCGUUGUCACGCACUCACCCCCUCAUAAUUACCCACAAAGAGACCAAAUUAUUCACCAUUACAUAACCACACUCUCUAUGGCUCUUGGAAGUGAAGAGGCAGCAAAGAAAUCUAUAUACUCAGUUUCAACCAAAUAUUACUAUGCAUUUAGCUGUAAAGUCCCGGAGAAUCUGACUCAUAAGAUCAAAUCCCUCCCAGGUGUAAAAUGGAUUUUGCCAGACUCUUACUUGUAUCCUGAUGAAGAUGGAUAUGGAGGGGAACCAUUGGUUGAUGGAGAGGCAGUUUCUUACGAUGAGAAGUAUCAUUCUAACUGGUCACAUAAUGAAUGUGACAUCGGACCUACUGACAGAAGUUGGUCAAGCAAAACCAAGAAGAAAAAUGGAAGAAGGCAUAACUAGUUCAAUGGAAACGGGUGGUUUAAUCAAAGACACCUUAAAUAUGCUGGGUUGAUGUCAAAGUUUGCAGUCUGCACUCGGAUCUGGGGUGCUUCUGCAGAGUCAUAUAUCAAAUGGAUUCAGUUGAAUGUUUUCAUGUCGAUUCAUGUUUUCAUUGACACGUUUACUUUCAUCCCUUGCCCAAAGCCACUUUGCAUGUUAUCAAUUCAUGGUUCGUAUUGCUCCCCGGGGCAUAGGUCAGUGGUACAAAGGACAGGAGUGAGAUUAUCUCACGCCUUGUUGGCAGUCCAAUGUGGGGGUUCGAUUCCUGAGACAUGGAAUUGGACUCCUUGUAGGUGCAGUGUACAGACAGCUCUUGUUUCCUGACCUGUUGGGGGCACAUCUUGCGAUUUAUUUUCCUCACAAAACUUUAGAGGCGGGACGGUGGGAUCCCCAAGGUUGAGGUUCAACUUUUAUUUAUUUAUUUAUUAUUAUUAUUUUUUUUUUAUAAUAAUCCAUGGUUAGUACUGUUUGUGUAGAAAAUAUUGAUUGUAAUUUCGUUUUAUAUUGGGUUGAUUGUACUGGCGGUAACGUCUGAGACGUUGGAUUCUCCCUUGUUAUUUAGAAGCUUCUUCUCACCAA